AUGGUGCCCUCUGUCGGAGAUGUUGCUAAAGCUGGAGUGCUGCGAGUGAAAAGGAUAGAGGAGAGGCUUGGCAUCCCUGUGGAAGGGGUAUCAAAGACAGAGGAUGCAUUGAGCUCCAGUGCAUCAGCCCCCCCGGCCUUCCAGACGUCGGCUAAGGAGAAGGUUCUCCCCGAUUCCCACAUCGAGGCAGAGGGAAUCGGCUUCGAUUCCGCAGUUAUCGGAGUGGACGGCAGCAAACUUGGCCAUGAUGUAGCCGAUGAGGAUGACGAUAAUAUGACCUCUCGAAUUAUCACCAGUCUCUUGCAACCAGAUAGAGACAGCUCUCAGUUUCCUGGGGUUUGGUCAGGUACCACUGGACUGGGUGGCAUAACAUGUCCUCAGCUUCAGGCAUUCUUGCCGCCCUACUCACGGGCAGUCGAGCUUGUGGAUUAUUAUCAGGAGCAUGUUGGCUGGGCUUAUUGCUUGCUGCAUAUGCCAACGCUGAGACGUUAUCUCCUUGAGACUUACCAACAAUUGGGGGCGGGAUAUACACCGAAUCUCCCAAUUCUUGCCCUCAUUUGUGCAGUAUUUGCGUUGGCUAAGUUCUUCUCCCAGUCAACCUCGGCCUUCAGUACAUCCGACACAUCUCGAGACAAAUCUCAUCGGGAGUAUAUCGGGAUGGCUAGUCAGGCUUUAGCAGAGGCCAAACAUUUGGAACACCCUACUGUGGAGUCCAUCCAAACCGGAACCUUGAUUGGUAUCUGUUUGCUCGUCAACACGGGAGCUAUCCGCUCGGCCAGAGCCCUCGCGGGUUCCAUGUAUAUGUCUGCCCAGGCAUUGGGUCUACAUCAAUUGGACUCGGCGAAAAACAAAAGACUGCGCCAGAAAGGUCCAUAUGAUAAAUUGGACCUGGAGAUUAAACGGCGUCUCUGGUGGCACAUUGCAUCCACAGACUGGGUAUAUGCGUUCAUAUCAGGACCUCAGUUGGGUGUUUAUAUAGUGCAACCUGAUCAGAUGCAUGUGGAUCUGCCGAGUAAUGCGGAUGAUCACGAAAUAACACCAACUACUUGUCCGAACAAGCCCCUGACUGAGCCAACAGAGGUAACCUAUCUUAUCCUUCGAUGCAAACUCGUCAGGCUCCUUGUGGACUUCAUGGAAAGUGCCAAUAGGGAAGGUGUAGGAAUUCAUGAACUGGAGUACGAUCAGAUACUUGCAUUUGACAAGAAGAUUAACAAAUUCCUCGCCGCGCUACCAUACUUUUUCCAAGUCGAGACCGAGGGCGAAGGUUUUGCAGAAUUAGAAAAGAAACGAGAAGAACUGGACAAGCAACGGCCCUACAUGAAAUGGCAGCGACUGAUGGCCCAGUUUGGAGCCUGCACAAGGAUAACCCGUCUGCAUAGGCCGUAUCUUGCUCUUGGAGCUCGUGAUCCCCGCUAUGCAUACUCCCGUAUGGCAUGUAUCAAGUCAGCUCGGGUGGUGCUCGAGAUCGAACGGCGCAUGAGAAAUAGCGUAGGCCCUUCCACUCCAAGCCCGUCCAAGGUCUGGGCCAUUGCAUAUCAGCUGUUCCUGGCCACCACAGUCCUAGCUAUGGACUAUCAUUUCAACAGGAACGAGCCGAGAUCAGAGGAACGGGCUGAAGAAGUCCUUGAGUGCUGCCGAGCAUUGGAGGCAGCGGCUCAGAGUAGUGUGGUGGCUGCGCGAGGCCUGAAGAAGCUCAAAGAGGUUGCUGCAAAAUGGGGCCUCUUAUCAAUUAUUAACCUCGAGUCCAAGCCUGCCGCUAGUCAGACCAGGAACGAACCAAUGGUUGCGUCGAAAGAAUCAGCCCCCAUAGAGUAUCCCGGGUAUCCACAGGAUGGAAACUCCCUCCAAAACACGGAAGUUGGGUCGCUUGGGGGCUUAUGGGGAAACGUGUGGGAAUACAACAGUGCAACGGAUUAUACCCAGUGGGACGGGAUAUUCCAGGACCUUGAAAGCAACCAUGGCAUGUUUUGA